AUGAUGCUAAAAAAAAUUUAUAAUGGUCACUUCCGAAGGAUACCCACCGGAGACAAGGAUGAGAGCACCUUCACCACGGAGAAAUCAACAGGCGAGGCAUUUAGCGAAAGCAAGAGCUUCGAAAAAAAGGAUUACGGAAUUGUAGACAACAUUAUUUACGGCGCAGGCAUGGGCGUUGGGGCAGUCGGACUGUCCCUGGCGGUGAUCAGUUCGACCGUGAUCGCCUCGACGUUGCUAUUCUCAUCCUACUUUUGCGCCAACACAUGUAACGUAAACGAAGAGGAAGAAGAUUUAUCGGAGGAAAUUAUGUAG